CGCAAUGAGGAACAGCGCAAACUCAGAACCUCGAACAGGGAAGUGAGAGAAUACUAUGUCGGCACAGCGAUAAAGUGGCUAAGUUUUCACUUUUUACAAAAUGGCUAUGGAAUCAUGGAGGUUAUGUGCGAGAUGGCUGGUGGAAUGUGGCGUUUUGCCAUUCGAUCACAGGAUUAUGAAUCAAGAUGCCGAAGUUUUCGAUCUAGGACAGACUCUUCGGGACGGUGUUAUCCUGUGUCAUUUGCUCAACCACAUAAAACCGGGCUCCAUCGACACUUUAGAACUCUCGAACAUACGUUCACAAACUUCACAGUUCUUGUGUAUGAAAAACAUCCGAACAUUCCUGCGAGCCUGUUCUAGGGUAUUCAAGAUACGAGAAGCGGACUUCUUUGAUCCAGCAUGGCUCUUCCAGAUGUCAAACUUUGGAUCGCUCAUCGAUCUGCUCUCCAAACUCUCACAAGCAGACGAUGCCAUCCGCAUGGGAGCUCAACCCUUCAAGACGGAGCAAGAGGACAUUUAUGGAGGGCUGGAGGAUCUGGCCGACGAGCAUGAUUUAGCAAACGAGGGCGACAUUUACGACACGGUGGACGAAGAUGAAGGGGACAAGAUUUACGACGAUCUGGUCAAUAUUCGGCGAGAGCUCACCAGCCACAGGACUCAGCAGCGCCAGAGCGAGCCUAAAACAGCAAAGCGUGAUUUUUGUCGGACAGAGAUAGUCGAGACAGAAGGGAAAUACGUGGAAGCUUUGUCCAUGCUUUGUGAGCAAUUCAUCAAACCACUGAAGAAGAUCUUAGACAGGUCAGAUAUUGACAAGAUUUUCCUGAAUAUUGAGGAACUUCUGAGGCGGCACCGAGGGUUCCUAAGAGACCUUGAAGAUGCCUUCCGCAGGCCCACUCCGACCAUGGCCCAUGCCUUCAAGAAACACAAGCCAGACUUCCUCAUCUAUGGCUUCUACUGUGCACACAUGCUCGGUGCUCAGAACCACAUAGAGAAGGUCAGCAACAACCCACAAAUCAGAGCAAAGAUUGAGGAGUUUGAGAGGAAAGCGAAUGACAGGAAAUUCCGGUUGCGUGAUCUUCUGAGUGUUCCCAUGCAAAGAAUACUCAAGUACCAUCUUCUGUUAAAGGAAUUGGUGAAGAGUACAGACAAGCAACAUACAGAGAGGAAGGAGUUGGAUGAAGCGCUGGAUGAGAUGCAGGAUGUUUCCAUGUUUGUGAAUGAGGUGAAGAGGGACCAUGAGCUGAUGCAGACCAAUGACUCAAUCCAAGCAAGUUUGGUCAGCUACAGAGGGGAGAGUCUGAAUUCGUACGGACGUAACCAGAAAGAUGGAGAGUUGAAGAUCAGAGUCACUGGAGCAAAGAAGAAUGCCGCACAAACAAGAUACUGCUUCUUGUUUGACAAGGUCCUUCUGGUCUGUAAAAGUGGUGGAAGGCUAAACGUGGAGAAGCUAUGGGGCCAGGAGAGCCAUGAGUACAACGACACCAUUGACCUAACCCAGUACAAUGUGGAGAAUAACUUACCAAGUGGCAGAAGUGGACGGUGGAACUUCUGCUUUCAUCUGACGGCAAAAGACAAGACUGGCUCCAGGAGCAACAUUGAGGUGUACUGUAAAACUGAAGAGAUGAUGCUGAGAUGGGUGGAAGGAAUUCGCCUUGCCCAGGACAACAUCCUUCCAAGGACCACCAAGGGACACACAGUAGAAUACACAUCCUUCAAGGAGUCUACAACGUGCGAUUCAUGCUCAAAACUUCUCAGAGGCCUGUUCUUCCAAGGGUACAAGUGCACGACGUGCGGUAUCUCGGUACACAAAGAGUGCAUCAGUUCCAACCACACCUCCUACUGCAAGGACCAGUCAGGCGGCAAAUCCAACGCGCCCUCAAUGUUCACCGGCCAACAGCUCAGGGUCUCCAGGUCCUACAAGGGUGCGCCGAUGCCUCCCAACGGGGAACAGCCUCUUAUCGUGUCGGGCGGAUCGCAGGUGGUCGUGCUGGAGAACAUCGGCAGUGACUGGAAGCGAGUCAAGAUGCUGAGCCCGCCAAACCAAAUUGGGAUUGUACCAUCAGUUUACCUGAUGGAGAAUUAUGAGCCAGUUGAUAUUUCUCCCCCUCAAGGAUUUCGACAACAACCGCCAACGCAAACACCAAAAGCACCCGAAGUAUCAGACUUAUUUCAAUACCCUUGGUUUAUUGGGGAGAUGGAGAGAGAUAAAGCCAAUGACCUGCUCAUAACUAAGCCUGGAUGUUUCUUACUCAGGAAGAGUAAGAGAGGAUAUGCUGUCAGCUUGGAACAUGAAGGCAAUAUCAAGCAUAUGAAGGUGGUGAUGGAGAACAAUCAAUUUGGACUAGCAGAACAAACAACCUUCUCUUCAUUACAAGAAAUGAUCAACCACUACGGUACAAACAGCCUUGUGAGCGUGUUCCGAGGGCUGAAUGCGUAUCUACGGAAGCCAUACAGAGGAGGAACCAUGCCCUUAACGGAGAAUGGAGCUGGUCCCAACCCUGAAGCCGAACCUCCAACUUCUUUAGGAGCUGGUUCCAACUCUCAAGCGAUACUUACAGGUGGGAGGAACAAACGUUACAACGUGACCGGGCAGGCCAAGGCCAUGUAUGACUUCAGUGCGAGGGAUACGAGAGAGCUGACGUUGAGGGAGAACGAGAUGGUGGCCAUCAUCAGCAAGGCAGGAGGACAUAGAGGGUGGUGGAAAGGAUGCAUAGGCGACAGGGUUGGCUAUUUCCCUUCGACGUAUGUUGAAGAAAUCGACGUGCCGUCCUGAUGCAACACGAGACUUUCACCACGAUAACAUCCCAGAUGGAAUCGCGACUUGCGUUAUGAUUAUUGUAUGUACUGUUUCACAGAGCCUUUAUCCUUCUAUACAUACAUGUGUGAUAAAUGAAAAAAA